AGCUAAUACAAUGAUUUGAUUAUAACUUUGAAAUUGAGAAGUGAGAACUAUUAUUGUAGCUUUAAAUGAUUCACUAGUUGUAAACUUUCUUAAAUAAUACAAUUAUUCUCUUGGAUGCUUGAAUAUUGUUAUCUUGAUCUGUUGAAAAACAAGGUAACAAAAUAUAUUAGAAGUUCUUUCCGCUUGGUGAAAGGAAUUAAGAAGAUUGUUCAAAAGAGUGAGCAUGAGCGGAGAGUAGUUAUUUGUAUAUCUGUUGGAAUUUGGAAAUCAAAGAUUGGUGAAGGAGAAAGAUUGUUCACAAGACUUCAGCAUGAGCUGAAAGUCUAUAUUUGUAAAUCUAUUUGAAAUCAAGUAGUUUACCCCCCCUGUAAUAUGAGCGAGUUUUGGUUUACCCCCUACCGUUGCCAAAGGCAGGUUUUGGCGACGGUUUUUUUGAAAAAACCGUUGCCAAAGGGUAGGGAGGGGGCAAAAACAAAGUUCGCUAACAUUACAGGGGGGUGAAUUACUAUUAACCCUUAUUAUUUUUGUUUUUUUGCAGAUUGGUGAAAGAAAGAAGAUUGUUCUCAAGACUUGAGCAUGCUUUGAUAGAGGUUAUUUGUAGACCUGUUGGCAAGCAAGAUGGAAAGUUGCUUAGCUGAUUUGGGAAAGGGCUAUGCGGAGAAAUUGAUAAAUGGGACAUUAGCAGAAUUACGUCAUGUAUUUUGCUUCACAUGCACUGCUAAGGAAUUCAAAGAAAAAAAGAUUUGGCUGGAAGCAAAAAUAAAAACAAUGGAGCAACAUGCUAAAGUGGCAGCAGGAAAUAAUAAAGAUAUUGAAGCUGAUUAUCAUUUAUGGAAAGAGAAAGCUGAAAAGCUCGUUCAAGAGGACAUCCAAACAAAACAAAAAUGCUUUUUUGGAUUAUGUCAUGAUUGCAUAUGGAGAUAUAAAAAGGGAAAGGAGCUGGCAAAUAACAUAGAAGAGAUUAAGCAAUUAACAGAAAAGGGAGGGACAUUUGAAAAUAUUGAAAUCUCUCGCCGUCUUCCGGAUGUUGAACGCUACUCAUCUAAAGAAUACAUUUCUUUUCCAAGUAGAGAUUCAAAAUACAAAGAGAUUUUGGAUGCAAUAAAAGAUGACAACAACUAUAUGAUCGUAUUGCAAGGGAUGGGGGGCACCGGAAAAACUACAUUGGCCAAAGAAGUGGGUAAAGAGCUAAAGUCUGAACAAUUUGCUCAUGUAAUCGAUACAACAGUCUCAUUUACUCCUGAUACAAAAAAAAUUCAAGAUGAUAUUGCUGGAUCUUUAGGAUUGAAAUGGGAGGAUUGUACUUACUCAGACCGAGCCAAAAAACUAUGGAGCAGAUUAACAACUGAUGAAAAAGUUCUUAUAAUAAUGGAUGAUGUGUGGGAAGGAGGCCCACCUCUUGAUUUCGAGCUAAUAGGAAUUCCAAAACAGGACAAUCACAAAGGUUGCAAAGUUCUUAUAACCACACGCAGUAAACGAAUAUCCAAUAUUAUGGGGUGUGAUAAGAUGAUUGAAUUAGAUCUCUUACCUGAAGAAGAAGCAUGGACCAUGUUCAAAAUGUAUGCCGGUAUAACCAAUAAUUCUUCAAAAAGUUUGAUCGCCAAGGGACGUGGAAUUGCUAAGGAGUGCAAACAAUUGCCGGUUGCAAUUGCAGUUAUUGCCAAAAGUUUAAAAGGCCAACAAGAUCGUAAGCACAAAUGGGAUACUACCUUAAAAUUAUUGAAGGAAAUCGUUUCCAUGGACGAUGUUGAUGAAGAAAAGGUUGGAAUUUACAAAUGUUUGAAGCUUAGCUAUGAUCUUAUUAAGUAUGAAAAAUCCAAGAGAUUAUUUCUCUUAGCUUCUUUAUUCCCAGAAGAUAAAGAAAUUCCUAUUGAAAUUCUAACUAGAAUUGGCAUUGGAACGGGCAUUUUUGGAAAAAAUUAUGGAAGCUACAAUGAUGCUAGAAACCAAGUAGGUGUAGCUAAAGAUAAACUCAUAGAUUCAUGUUUGCUGGUGGGGGUCGAUGAAAAACAUGUAAAAAUGCAUGAUUUGGUUCGUGAAGCGGCUCAAUGGAUAGGAUACAAAGAGAUUCGACAUGUAAAUUUGUCAAACAUAGCUGAAAGAUCGUCAGUUGAAAAGGAAAAAAAUAUGAAACAUUUAUUUUGUAAAGGGAAGGAUAUGGAUUUGUUUUCCUGGAAGUAUGAUGGUUCCAAACUUGAGACUCUAAUUCUCGAUGUGGAAAUGUAUGAAGGCGAUAAAUGUAUGGAAGCCCCAAAUUCUUUCUUUGAUAAUGUUGACCAACUUCAAGUUUUGUACUUUUUAGGUCAUGACAAACAACCCUUAUCAUUGCCACAUUCAAUUCACUCAAUGUCAAAGAUUCGAUCGAUACUGGUUGAUGGAGUUGAUUUAGGUGACAUCUCUGUUUUGGGAAAUCUGCAAAGUCUUGAGACUCUUGAUUUUGUUGGUUGCAUAAUCAAUGAAUUACCAGACGAAAUUGCAAAGUUGGGGAAAUUUAAAUUGUUAAACUUGGAAUAUUGUCAAAUUAGAAGGAAUGAUCCAUUUGAGGUUAUUAAAAGAUGCUCAACACUUGAAGAGUUGUACUUUAUUGAUAGUUUUAAUGAAUUUUGUCAAGAAAUUACCUUACCCGAAUUGCAAAGGUAUCAUAUCCGGAACGGGUGGUGGACAAUGCUUCCUGAUUCACUAUCAAAAUAUGUGUCUUUUAAAAAAAUUGAUGGCAACAAAUAUUUUUUUUCAAAACAAACAUUCAAGUAUCUCAUGCAAACAACAGAGGUUCUUCAACUAGAGGAAAUUAAGAUGGGAUGGAGAAAUCUCAUGCCUGAGAUUGUUCCUAUAGAUCAAGAUAUGAAAGAUCUUAUAGAGCUACGUCUUAGACGUAUUUCAAAAUUACAGUGCCUCAUCGACACUAAUGGUUCUCAAUUUCUUAAUGUAUUGUCCAACUUGGUUAUGUUAGAACUGGAUGAAAUGGAAAAUUUGGAAGUACUAUUCCAUGGUUCUCUUUCUUUUGACUACUCUUUAAAGAAUUUGGAGAAGGUAUCAAUAAAAAAGUGUAAAAAGCUUCGAAUAUUGUUCAAUUGCAACCUAAAUCUCUGCAAUCUAAAGAGUUUGUCACUGUCAGAUUGCCCAUUGUUGGUUAACCUCUUUCCACUGUUAACUUCUCAGAGCCUGGUGCUGCUAGAGGAAUUCAAGAUAGCAGAUUGUAAGGGAUUGAAGAACAUAGUAAUAGAUGAUGGUGAUAAUAAUGACAAGAGUCAUGGCCCAAUGUAUCCAAAACUAAGAUUUCUUUCUAUUGUAAGAUGUGAUCAAUUAGAAUCAAUAUUUCCUUUCCUCUCUUUUGAAGACUUUUCAGUACUAGAAGUUAUCAACAUAACAAAAUGUGAUAAGCUACAAUAUAUAUUUGGCCAAUAUCAACAUGUUGAACUCAAGUCAUUGAAAGAGAUAAAGCUUGGUGAAUUACCAAAUUUCAUGGGAAUCUUUCGAGAAUAUUCGCAUUCCAUGUCUUCGCUCGUGAAAGAGUUAUCUUCCACUUCUAGAGAUGGUUCCAAAGCACAAACAGAAGUGGAUCCUAUCAAAUGCAACAUCUUAUCUUUGAAUUGUUUAUGUUGUCAUGGUAAUAACUAUAGAAAGAAAUCUGGGAGUAUCUCAACUCCUAAAGUACCAUUGGUUAAUGAAGAUCCAAUGCAGAACAAUUCAUCAACAUCAAUAUUAAGUUCACACCAUCUUCAUAUAUUGGAACAUGCACAAUGUUUUCCAGUACAACCGCAUAUCAUGUCCAAUAUAAAAGAGCUUAAGCUAUAUGGGUUUUUGAAGAUAAAUUAUGUGUUUAUUCUUUCUAUUACUCCAAGAAUGUUGGUGGAAACUUUGACAGUUGAGAAUUGUGAUGAAUUAAGGCACAUAAUAGUAGACAUCGGAGAUGAUGAUAGAGUUGGCAAAAGUUUAAGCAAUGUGUUUCCAAAAUUGAAAAAGCUUUACGUCAAAGAUUGCAUGCAAUUGGAAUACAUAUUUGGACACUACACUGAUGACCAUCUACCAGAAUUGGAAGGUCUGACACUUAGCCAUCUGCCAAAGUUUGUUGCCAUGUGUCCCCAACAAUAUUGCCUGACAUUUCCACCUUUGAAACAACUUGAACUCUCAGAAUGGCCCUUGGUUGCUAUCAAAUCUAUUGGCGAAUUCAUUAUUAAUCUUUCAGAUUCAAAAUCUCUUGACAAUACAAACAUGAAGGAAUUGAGUGGGAGCAUAGAACAUUCUUUUGCCCUACAAAACCUUACAGAGAUAAAAAUCAAGGGAUGUCAAAAAUUGGAAAUAGUUUUCUCCAAUUCCAUUUCAACAUGCCUACCACAAUUGUGUGAUCUAAGAAUAGAAAAUUGCAAAGAAUUGAAGCAUAUCAUUGAAGAUGACGACACGUCAAAUUCUUUGUCUCCAAGGAUAUUCUUUCCAAAGUUAAAAACACUUAUUGUAAUAAAGUGUCGCAAAUUGAAAUGUGUCUUCCCGGUCUCCAUAUGCAAACAAUUUUCUAAGUUAGAGGCUUUGAUGAUAAUUGAAGCAAUUGAACUUGAAGAAAUAUUCAAAAGCAAUGGUGAUCAGAAAGUCGAGAUCCCAAAUCUAAAAGUUGUAGUAUUUGCCCACCUACCAAGCCUCUUCGAAGCCCAAGGAAUUCAUUUUCAGUUGGUAAAAGGUCGUUUACUACGAAAUUGUCAAAAACUCAGGCCUUUGACUUCAACCUUUGUUAAUUAUUUCCCAAUUGGGAAUUUUAAAUAUUUCCCAGGUUUUAAGAUUGCAGUUGAAGCAAUAUUACUAUACGAGUGGACUUCUCGGAGUCUAUACUCUUCACAGGAACAAAAUGUUGAUGUUAGAAAAUUUCUACAAAUUACCGAGGUUAAUGAUCAUCAAGAUGAUGUCAUGAAUGUGCCUUUAGAUGAGACCAAAGGUUACGAUACUAGUAAUAAGAAUCCAAGUGCAGAAACUACAAAAGACAUUGUUGUUGGUGUUGCGUCUGAAAUUGAAGCAGCGUUAGGACACACGUUAACUUCUUCACAGAUAAUAAUGAAACAAACACCAGAGGUAGAGCAUGAAUUACAGAUACCAUCAGUAACAGUAUUACCAACAAGUUCAAAAGAGUUGAAAAAAGAACAACCGCCAAGUCAACAACGUUUGACAAAUCAACAAAAUCCACUUGGAGAAAUCGAUACUUCCAUCAAACCUUCUCAGGAUGUUGAAGAAGGAACUCCAUUAACAAAUGCCAAGACAAUAACAGCCUCAACUCAUUCUGAAUUAAUCAGAUCAUCACAAGUGAAGGAACAAGACGUUGAUGUUAGAGACACUUUAGAAACUACUUUGAUUAAUGAUGAACGAGUUUCUCUAAAUGAAGAUGUUGUCAUGAAAGAAAGCCCAAUUAUUGAAGAACAGUUUUCUAAGGGUGAUGGAUUUACUAUUUUGAAAUCUAAGCCCUCUCCUAGCAAUAAUGUUCCCAUGCCUCUUGCAUUUCAGGCUCCUUCAAUGCAUAUCGAAGGGAACCCUUCUCAAAAUGUGGAAGAUUUAAGUUCUCCUUAUCUUGUCACGCGGAAGCUUGAGGAAUUGGUUUCCCAAAAGCAUUUGGAUUAUGAGAACUUGUCUUUGUUGACUGAUUUUUUUGUUAAGCAUCCUUCAGUUCUUCUAAGUGACAAACAUAGUAAUGGAUAUAAGGGCCAUGCAUACAAGUUCCUAACUAACCUAUUGAAAUUCCUCCAAACCCACAGUGUGUUGGAUGUGCUAGGUUCUUGCAACUCUGAAUUUGUUGAGUUAGUACAUGACGUGCGCAGUUUUUCUUUUGACAAAGAUUGGUUGGAUGGAGUUGAAAAGCGCGCUUUGUUUCCUGAUAUGGAAUUCUCUCAAGAUGCAUUGCAAAAAUUAUUAGAUUCCAAGAAACAGAUUACCGAGGAUGUUGAAGUAAUGCGUUUCAAGAUUGACAUUUUAACUCGAGAUGUGGAAGAACUUAAGCAACAAUUGUCCUCCUCUGAAGCUGGUUUAGAGAGUGUCAUUCAACGAGAGAAAGAAAUUGUAGAAUCUAAAGCUUCUUUGAGUGUCCCUCUUGGCUAUUAGAGUAUUUUUCCUUGCAUUAAUUUACUUCAAUAUCUUUUGUGUUAAAGAUUUUAUCCUUGAAUCUUUGGGUAGUUUCUUUUGUUGUUUGAAAUAAACUACUAUCUGAUUAUGUUUGUGUAUUUAAGUAUUGUUACUGAGUGUUGUAUUUAUGCUGAUGUAUUAAGUUCUUCCUAUAUUUCAAAUAACAAGGUGAAGAAAUGAUUACUAUAGUUGCUGCCUUUAUAUAUGAAAAAACUAUAUGUUUUAUA